AUGGCCUCGUCUUCAGAAAGCGACGACGAUGUCCUGAGCGACCGGUCUGACGGCCACGCCGCCGAGGAUGACCAGUACGAUGCAUCGCAAGACGGAGCCCCGAGGUAUCCAAUCCCCUCGCGCGACCUCGCCGCCGUGGAGGUUCCCGCCGUUGUGGAAAACAUUGAUCGCGCCGUCAAAGCUUUUGGACGAGUCUCCUCCCUGACCCAUACGUUGGACCCCAUGAGGACGUCAAUACCGCUGUAUCUGAACCCAGAAAGCCCGUUUUGCCCGCCCAUCAUGUCGCACAACGCCCGCUCGCACAACAUCGUGCUCAAAAUUACCGUCCCCAAGCGCACCGGGCGCAAGCGCAAACGCGGCACCAAUGACCCAUGGCAGGGUGAUGUUGAACUCGCCGACGCCAAUGCCGCCGUCCCACCCGACGGAAGCCAUGGCGUCGGCUCCAUCGCCCGCUUAGACGAGCCCAAGAAGCUCAGACGGCAGCUCGCAGACAACGUGGACAAGUACCAGGUCGAGGCAGUCGGGACCGUCAAGCACACGCACCGGUUCAGAGGCUUGGCCGACUUUUACUGGGACAUGUCCAAGUCCUCGUUUGCGCGGAGAUACACAGAGCAGGUUCUUCCCGGUGAUGUACAACAGUUGAAGAGCUUCAAAUUCGACCCCGGAAUGGACCUCGGUCCAAACGUCGACAUUCUCCCGCCACCCAUCUUCACGCACAUGAGCCUCCCAUUCAACUACUACUACUCGCAGAAUCCCUAUGUCCGCACCACCGAAGAUGGCAACACCAUCAACACGACAGCUGUCAAGCAGGUCGGUUACUUCAUCAGCGCCGAUGAUCCUGCCCCUACCGGGCCGCAGCUACCCCCAGACGUGACGGAUGCGCGGACCAUGGAGAUCAUUGCCCAGCUCGAAGAGGCGUUCCGGUAUCGCCCCGUCUGGACCCGCCGUUCCUUGCUCAACCACCUGGCUGGCAAGCUUAGAAAUUGGAACGAGCUGAAAAAGUAUCUCAACUACACGGCGUACCAGUUCAAGGGCGGUCCGUGGAGGGAUGGGGUCGUUCCCUAUGGCAUUGACCCCAGAACAGACCCCAAGUACCGAAUAUACCAGACCCUGAUGUUCAAAUUGUCCAAGAAGAAGCUGCCGAGCCAGGACCAGACAUGGCAGUCGCUCCGGCGAUCCCAGCUUAGCUUUAACAAGGAUUACGCCGUGGACCAGGCGCAAAGUCACACAUUCGACGGCGAGUCAUACCACACAGAUGGAAAAGUCUGGCAGGUUUGCGACAUCAGCGACCCGCUCCUGAAGGAGCUCUUGGACAACGCUGAAGUGCGGCCGACAUGGGACAUCAACAGCGGAUGGUAUCAUGGCGGGUUAUGGGCCAAGGUCAAGGCUAUCAUGAAGACGAAACUCGUGGCUAUCCGGUUCGGGCGGCAACUGACCCGCUUAGACUUCGCCCCGACCCUCGAGUGUGGGGAUCGAACGCCCACCAAAUCAUCGUCCACGACGUUCCAUCUGCCGCUGCCGAACCUACAGCUGACCAACGACGAGCUGACGCUCCUUCGCGGCCGAGAGCCACCCAAGAAGAAGAGCACAGGGUACAAUGCUCGCUUGCGAGACCCGGGCAGGACCCCCAGCGUGGCGGCGGAACAAACACCUGCGAGUGGCGUCCCCGAGGACGAAGAACCAGCGGAGGAGGAUCUGUCUGGGAAUGAAGAUGAUAACGAAGACGAUGAGGAGGAAGAAUCCGGCAGCGACGGAGAGAACGAUGAAGAUGAGGAGGAGGAGGAGGAUCUAUACCCAGUGCAAGAGGCGUACGAUUAUCACGAGGAACACGAUGAGGACUCUGAUGCUCCGGGGGAGGACGACGACGACGGGUUCCCCGUGUUGGGGUGA